AUGGCUUUAGCCUUACAAGCAGCACUCGUUUGUCCUUUUGUAUGGUUGAAUCCUCAUCAUGAGUUUUCUGACAUAAUGGAUGGGCAAGGCACAAAGCACAGGAUUUUGAUGGUGUCUGACUUUUUCUUUCCAAACUUUGGUGGGGUGGAAAGCCAUAUCUACUACCUGUCACAAUGUCUGCUUAAGCUUGGCCAUAAGGUUGUUGUCAUGACGCAUGCAUAUGGAAACAGAUCUGGAGUACGAUAUGUAACAAACGGUUUAAAGGUCUAUUAUGUACCAUGGAGACCAUUCCUGAUGCAGAAUACACUUCCUACAUUAUUCUUGACAUUUCCAAUUGUAAGGACAAUAAUUGUUCGAGAGAAGAUUUCUGUCGUGCACGGACAUCAAGCUUUUUCAACACUGUGUCAUGAAGCAUUAAUGCAUGCUAGGGCGAUGGGGUACAAAGUCGUCUUCACAGAUCACUCACUUUAUGGUUUUGCUGAUGCUGGAAGCAUUCACAUGAAUAAGGUGCUACAGUUUACUCUUGCCGAUAUUGAUCAGGCAAUAUGUGUCUCUCAUACAAGCAAAGAGAACACCGUCUUGAGGUCUGGGAUAUCUCCAGAGAAGGUUUUCAUGGUUCCUAAUGCAGUUGAUACUGCAAUGUUUACUCCCUCCCCCAAGCGCUUGAGCUGUGAUGAAAUAGUCAUUGUUGUGAUCAGUAGAUUAGUAUACCGAAAAGGUGCCGACCUUCUUGUUGAAGUCAUUCCAGAAGUGUGCUGUCUAUUUCCAAAGGUUCGCUUUAUUGUUGGCGGUGAUGGUCCAAAACGUGUGCGUCUUGAAGAAAUGAGGGAGAAGUUCUCCCUUCAGGAUAGAGUUGAGAUGUUAGGAGCUGUACCUCAUGCUCAAGUGCGAUCGGUUCUGAUAUCUGGGCAUAUAUUUUUGAACAGUUCACUUACAGAGGCAUUUUGCAUAGCCAUUCUAGAAGCAGCAAGCUGUGGACUGUUGACAGUGAGCACUAGAGUUGGCGGUGUCCCUGAGGUUCUUCCAGAUGACAUGAUAGUGCUUGCAGAACCAGCUCCUGGAGAUAUGGUAAGAGCUGUCAAGAAAGCCAUUGACAUGCUACCUGGCAUAGACCCCCAAAUUAUGCAUCUUCGGAUAUCUUAUUUGCGGAUCUUGGGCUGGAAAACUGUUUUGCCUAGUUAUGAUCAUCAACUACCUACUAUGGCGCCUUCUAGAAUUCCUACAGGAAUCCUUACACAAGUUCUCCCUCAGCCUGCUGAAGGUAUUGAAGAGGUCCCAGAUAUAGGGCCACUACAUGCUCAUUUAGGUUCAAGCAAUGGUUUGUGUGAAGCUCAAGAGAAGUGA